UUCCCAUUUUCCUCUCAAUUCCCUCUUAAUCAACUCUCUUGCUCUCACUCCUCUCAGUGAAAGAACUCUAACCGUAAAAACUCUACACACCUCUUCCUCCACCUUCGCUGCCGCACUCCCGCACCACGCCACCGCCGGCUGCUCCUCCAUCACAGACGAACACUCGAACUCGGUGCUGCACUGCUGGCUGCUGCUUCCCUGUGGGCUGUGGGUUGUUCGAAUCGAAUCGAAGAAUCCCUAAAAAUCGUAAUUUUUGAUUUUGUUUAAGGUAUUUUCACUCUUUAUCCUAAAUCCUAAUAUUAAUCUUGUUGGGUUUUGUAUUAAUCUUGCUGGAAAUUGGAUUGAUUAAUGGCAGUGGAGCAGAAUACAGUUUUCAAUUAGGUUUUCCUCUGGUAUUGUUUGCCUCAAAAUCUAAUCCGUGAAACUGAAUAGCAAAGAUGAUGAUAACCUUGUACUUGUACUUACGUCUAGAUACGAUGUGGGCAUGUAUCAUUGUAGCUUGUUCUUGUACUUAUGUCCUUUUCUACUUGCUUGGUUAUUAAAUAUGUAUAUUUUUGUUACACUUUCCUUCAUUGUCAUGGAAAUAGGAAGUUUUUGUUACAAAUUCACGAACUCUGGUUUUUGGCAACAACUUUUUUUGUUGCUAAAAACGACUUUUCUUGUAGUGUCGAUUGUCGACUUUCUUGAGGUAAGAUUCUUGAAUUGUCCAUGAAUUGUUCAAUUCAAAGCAAGAAUUCUGGCAUCGGUUAUUGUACCUUUUUUGCUCCAUUAAUAUAAUUUUCUUAUCAAAAUAAAUAUAAAAUUUAUGUUGAUUUGGUUAUGGUAAUGAUGUUUAUGCUGCAUUGAGUGGUUUACACUGUGCUCAGUGGUGGUCAAAUGGUGGUGUGAACUGUUAAGCCAGUUUGUAAUGUUGUAUGGUUCUCUGGUUUGUUGGGGGAAAUUAAUAUAUUUCCUUUAGUAUGUAAUACACAGUAGUGCCAUUGGGAUCAUCAUUUGUCUUUGUGGCUUCAUCUUUGUUCACAAGAAGAAUACAAAAGCUGUUAAAGACCAGAUCAAUGUCAGGACCCUUUGAUAUGUACUUCUAUGUUGUAAACUUUUGUGUGGGUGAAAGGAGGUAGAGUUGGAAAGAACUUGUGUAUCUACUUUCGAUGUUGAGAAGUAUCAUAACAUUGCUUGACUCCUCAUAAUCCCUUUUAUUGAUUGUUUAUUUUACUUUAAAAACCCUUGGUUAAAACUUCUAAACAUAUCCCUCACUAGCCCUUCAUUUAUUCUUUUUUGGGAGGAUUGCUCAUUCACUAAAUCUAAGGGUAUGCUGUUUUUGACAUGUUUUUGGUUUUGUCCAGUUAGAUACUGAUAACUUCGUCUCAUAGUUCAGUUUAGUUAAUUAUUAAUAAGUACUUCAAUUGAGUAUUCAACUAUUUAUAUUCUCUUUUGCUUAUUUUGAUCAUUAUUCAGUUUUUGUGAGUUCAGUUGAGUUGAGUACAGUUGAAAAGAAUAGGCCCUAUGUGGGGUUUUUUUUGGGUGAAAUGUUUUUGUAAAUAUUAUAGUUCUAGCCAGGGUAUUUGCCUUCUGUUAUGGAUAUCGUUAAACUGCCCAGAAUGGUCCAGCUAUUUCUCUGGUUGAAGGAAUUAUUUGAUAUCUCUAUAAAUAUAUGUUUUUCUCCAGGAAUCCGAGGCAACAACUCUUGAAGCAAUGUCUAGAUCAAAGCUUGGAAGUCAUGCUGCAGGAAAUUCUUGGCUUGGGUCUCUUAUAGCCACCAUCAUUGGAAAUCUCAAAAUCACAAUUAGCAAUGUUCAUAUUAGAUAUGAGGAUACCGUAAGUAAUUAUGGACAUCCUUUUGCUUGUGGUGUUACUUUGGCGAAGCUUGCUGCUGUCACAAUGGAUGAGCAAGGAAAUGAAACGUUUGAUACUAGUGGCGCCCUUGACAAAUUGCGGAAGAUCCUGCUAGUGUGGAAAAUAAAGUGCGUGAAAAUGCUCGUAAAAUUAUUUAUGAGUAAGUACUAUACUAUUGCAUCGUAAAUGGUUUUACUUUGAUAUUUUAUUUAGGUUCUAUCUAUUUAAUCAUUUUAUAUGUAAAUGACUAGGGGGCUUGUGAAGUUUAGCAUGGUCCAUCGAAAGGAUCUCAAAAAAUUUAAAAAGAAUCCUAAAGUUGGUUGGAACAAACUAAAAUGUCCUCGUCAACCUCAAGACGCCAAAUACUAUGGAUAUUAUGUAUGCUGUUAUAUGCUUGAGACUAUUGAAAGUAGGCAACAAUUGAUUUUGGAGGAGUUUUCCCCUAAGGCUCCUUCAACUUAUUCUCAGGAGAGCAUUGAUCAAGUUCAAGAUUUAUGGAUUUCUUACGUUGUCAAACAUAGGCAACAAAAAUUGGAGAAGGAAGUAGAAGAUUUGGAUGAUGUGUUAUAAGAUCAUAUCGAUGGAAAUUAUUAAAGAUUAGAAUUCAUGAAGAAUUUUGAUGACAUUUGACUUUUGGAAUAAGAUAAAUGUAUAGUUGAAUUCUAGUCUAAUUAUAUGAUGAAAUAGUUUAUAAUUUUUGCUGCUCGACAUUAGACAAAAGGCCAAUGUGUCAUAGCAGGACAAUCAUAGAAAGUCAUCAACAAUCAAACAUAAACACAAAUACGUACACAUCGGUAACUAGCAUCAAAUAUAAUAAGGCCAACUACUAGAUAACAUUUACGUUAUACAACAACGUAAGAGGAUUUCAUAAAACACAAACACAGAUAGUAACCGUUUAUUUUCCACUUAUACUUCUUAAUCUCAUUAUGUCCAUUCCAACCCGAACCAUGUGUUCUUAGGUAGAAUGCAGGUCUUCACGCUCCUCUUCGCAAAACAUAAACUCUUGCAAAACACGCAUAAUAUCAACUCAACCAAGGCAUUAACAGGAUACCUAACACAUGACCUUAUAGAGCUUGUCUAUCUUAAGGUAAGUGUGAUCAUAGUCUGUCAUACCCUUGAGGUAACUUAACUUAGGCACACUUCUCACUA